CUAAGUGGUAAGGUUUGGAACCGCUAAUCCGGUUGUGCACUUAUCACCAUGGUUGACACCCGGAGUGGGAAGAGCACUAGCCCCUAUACCCAGGAACAACAAGAGAAGAUGGCCGCCUUAGCAAGAGAGAAUAAGGAAAGGAAAGAGCUCCUGAAACAGGCGAAGUUAAAGGCAAUCGCAGAGGAGCAGGCGGCGAAGAUGAAGGAAUUGGAGGAGGAGAUGGAGAAAAAGAAGAAGGCUGCUGAAGAAGAAGCGGCAGCAGAAGCAGAAGAGGAGAGGAAACACAGGGAAGUAAAAGGAGACAGUAGUGGCACGGCGAAUGAGGACACCGCAAUGGAGAAGAAAAUCAGUGAGUGGAUUGCUAAUUUAUCAUUGGGGGAAGAUGAGGAGGCACAGUUCUAUGUGCCACAGGAUGAGAAGGAUGCGUUAGCCCAGGAGCUAGCGACAAUCGAGGACCCUCUGGAACGACAAGAAAGAGAGGAGGAGAAAAAGUUGGAGUGGAAAUUGAGGAUGAAGAGGGAAAAGAAAAGAAGGAUGGACGAAGUUAACAGGUUGACCGCAGAAGUGUCCAAGGUGAAAGACUGUAGACAGGAGGUGCAGGCGCAAGCAAACAUGUCUGCCAAAAUGGACAAGAUGCUGGGAUAUUUAGAAGUGUUGAGUGCAGCUUGGAUGGAGGAGCGCCAAGCUAGUUGGGGUCAAGAUGUAGCCCUGAGUGCCAUGCGGUCAGGAUUUAGAGACUUUGCGCGCGAUAUGGUAACCCACGUUGGAGGCAAAGUUAGGCGGCUGAGAGACAGCGUGGGGAAGUUCUGCGAGGGCGCCAUCGAGGGUGCCAAAGCAAUAGCCGCUAUAGAGGGCGAGGCCAGGCCUCGUAAAGAGCUAGUCAAGCUUAAGUUCCCAUACGCAUAUGGCGGGAAGAAGGAGGAGAAUUUUGAUAACUGGGAGGCGAGCGUAAACAGUUACAUUUACUUACAGCACAUCCUGAUUGAGGAACAAGUCCUCGUCGCUUUCCAGACCCUCAAAGAUGAAGCGGCCAGUUUUGCCAGAUCCCUUGCGCGCGCAGCCGGUUGUGAAAACAACCUGGUUGCAUACUCUAAGAUCACCACCCUCCCUCAGUUUUUCAAACUCCUGCGAGAGAGAUUUGCUGACCCAACGAGAGGCGUUAGAGCCUCUGAUAAGUUACAGACCAUCCACUCACGACAGUGGAGGAGUGCAAGGGCACUCAAGGGCGUCAUGGACGACUUGGUAGCCGUCCCAGACCAUGGGGUCACUGAGCCCCAGUUGGUCCAAUUAUUUUAUCGUGCCAUGCCAGAGCCCCUGCGUGGGCAUUUCUUUGACAGAUCUCAACAGGCCGACAUCACCUAUGAUGUGCUAAGUAGAGAGGUGGUCCUGUUCGAGUCAAAGUCCAUGCCAGUGUCCACUUUCUGGCACAAGGACUUGGAUAAGGAAAAUAAGUGGAAGGGUCGUACCAUCUCUGGCCAAGUCAGGGCCAAGGAUCACAUGAUCCUUACUUUAGAAGAAGGUGGUACAGAUGAAGUCCCCUACAGUGAGAUUGAGUGGGGGUUAGAGGAGGAUGACAGCAGCGUAGGGCAGGGGAGGUCUUAUGCGGUUGUCGCGGCUGGAGGGAGGCCGCAAGGUAGAGGAGGAGGCCAGGGCCAAAGGGGCCAGGCCAUGGGAGGCCGAGGACCCGGCGCACAGGGGGUUGGCGGACAAGGGAACCGCCAAGUGGGAGGUAGGGGUCAAGGUCCCCAACCGAAUCGUCAGGGUUCUUGUCGGUCCCCACAACGACGAGGAGGAAGGCCACCUCAACAGACAGGAGGAUGGCACCCAGGCUUGCCACAAGGUGUGGCAGAAGAGCUGAAGGACAGGAUGCCAGCUUGGGCCAAAAUGAAGAAGGAGAGUAAGGGACAACUGAUCUUGGUAGAUGUAGAAGUGCUUAGAAGCAGAGUAAGGGCCCUUAUAGACUCAGGGGCCACCCGCAGUUACAUUAGCUGUAGGGCGCUGAAGAAGCUGAGGCUUGGAUUAAAAGUCCAAAAGUUGGCAGACCCCAUAGUCAGUGUCCUCGCAGACAACCGCACACUGCGAGUUGAGGACUACGUAGAGGGAGUCCAGGCGUACUUUCGCCUAGAGAAAGAUGGGAAGGUGGAGGAAGUUCUCCAUUCCCUGACUCUCCUCGUUCAUGACGACCUUCCUUUUGAUAUAGUAUUAGGAAUGGAUUGGGGAGAGGCAGCAGGGGCCACACUCCACUUAAGAGAGCAUGAGUGUAGGCUCCCUAGCCCGUCAGGCGAGGUUAAGACUGCCCGCCUGUUUCAUGUGUUAGGUGUACAUAACACCCUGGCACAUUGCUGUCUCAGUGCUCCCGCGUUCGCGCGACUAGUGAAAAAGGAGCAGUUAGAGGAUCAGGUCUUCGUAGUGUAUGUGAGGCCUGUCACUGAGGCUAAGGAAGGAGAUAGUUCCACGGACCCAACCAUUGCCAAGCUGCUGGAGGAAUUCAAAGAUUUGACUGAGUCGCCGACAGGAGUAGUGCCGCGACCCAUCCAACACAGAAUAGAGAUAAAGCCUGGCAGUAGGACUCCUAAGGGAGCAGUCUACAGGAUGUCCCCUAGAGAGUUAGAGGAGCUACGCAAGCAGUUAGACAAGCUCCUCAAGAAAGGUUGGAUCAGGCCCAGUUCGUCUCCUUUUGGAGGACCAGUCCUGUUUGUCCCCAAGAAAGAAGGAGAGCUUCGUAUGUGUAUAGACUAUAGGGGUUUGAAUGCGAUUACUGUGAAGAAUGUUGAACCGCUGCCCAGGAUAGACGAUCUUCUAGAUCGGGUGCAGGGUUGUAAGUUGCUAAAGAAAGAAGCAAUCUGGCAAUGGGACAAAGACUGUACGUCUGCGCUAAAGAAGUUAAAGCGCGCACUGAUCGAGUACCCUGUCCUCAAAGUAGCUGAUCCGUCUUUGCCUUUUGUCGUCACCACGGAUGCAAGUCAGUAUGGUAUAGGCGUCGUGUUACAGCAAGACGACGACAAUGGCUACAGACCCCUAGAGUUCAUGUCAGCGAGGAUGCCCUCAGAGAAGGUUGCCACCUCGAAGUACGAGAGGGAACUCUAUGCUCUCAGGCAGGCCUUAGAACGCUGGAAGCAUGACCUGCUUGGGAGGCACUUCAAAGUAUACUCCGACCACAAAACUCUUAGAUGGUUAAAGACCCAGGCCAAGAUGACACCUAAGCUAACUAGGUGGUCCGCCGAGAUAGACCAGUAUGACUUUGAGAUAAGACCGGUCAAAGGCAAGUACAAUGUAGUUGCGGAUGCUCUGAGUAGGAGAUCAGAUUACUUUGGAGCUAUAAUACACUAUCCGGACAUAGGGAAGGACCUGCAAGAGAAAGUUAGCCAGGCAUAUGCGUAGGACCCUAUCUAUAGCGACCUCCUCAAGAGAGUUAAGGAGGCCCCAGAGACCGAACUUGACUACCGCACUACUGAAGGACUAUUGUUUGAGAAGACUAAUGUAGCAGGCCGCCUGUGCAUCCCCAACAGUGAGGAGAUUCGUAGUCUGAUCCUAGGGGAGUGCCAUGAUACAGAGGGACACUUCGGUUCGCAGAAGACGUUAGCCAAUCUCAUGUGUGCUACACCUGGCCUGGAAUGAAAGCUGACUGCAUAG